AUGGUAAACAAUUUCAAUGUCAUGUUGUUUGAAUUCUUCCGCAGGUUAUCAUCCACACAACAAAAAUCAGCAGCUAUGCUCCUUUGGAGCCUUUGGAAGAGUCGUAACUCUAAACUUUGGGAUGCCUUGGACACAUCGUCAGCCUUCACAGUUUGUCGCGCUAAAGAUACCCUUCAAGAGUGGAGUUGCAUGCAGAGAGCGAAAAAACAAGUGCAGAAUCUGCCAUGUCUAUCUUCCUGGACUAAGCCACCGGUAGGAAUGACAAAAUGCAAUGUUGAUGCUCCAACUUGUCAUAAUAACUCCAUCACUGACUAUGGUAUAUGCUUUCGUAACCAUUUGGGGGAGCUGCUGAUCGGUAAAUCAGAUUUUUUACUUUCCUCCGCCACCAUUUUAGAAGCAGAGACCAUUGCAUUGGUAGAAUCUCUAAAAAUGGCUACAACAAAUGGAAUGCAUGAGGUUCUGUUUGAAACAGAUAGCAGGACUCUGGUAGAUGUCAUCAAAUCAAAUGCAACACCUCAAAACGAGUUUGGUGAUCUUAUUAUCCAAUGCAGAAGUUUCUUGAAUAGUAAUCCCGACUUUGUAGUGUCGUAUAUUCGGAGGCAAGCUAAUAAGGUUGCUCAUAACAUUGCAAUAGCAUCCUUAUCACACCCUAGCCCCCAUGUUUUCUACCAUGUAACAACUACUUUGUACUCUACGAUUUUGGAUGAAAUUAAUUAA